AUGGUGGGAAAUUCAUUCUCUGGGUCAGUCGUGCAGAAAAUCGAAGGGAUGGCACAUAAACAGACACCAAGAGACUUCUUGAAACUCAUAGUCGGGAGACCAGUGGUAGUUAAGCUUAACUCAGGUGCUGAUUACAGAGGUGUUCUAAUUUCUCUAGACGGUUAUAUGAAUGUGGUGUUGGAACAGACCGAAGAAUAUGUUGAUGGUCAGCUGAAAAACAAAUACGGUGAUACUUUCAUCCGAGGAAACAACGUUUUUUACAUUAGCACACAAAAGCGUUGGUGAUGGAUAUAAUUUGUACAGGCCUUUUUUAUAUGAACAAAUCGCGUGCUUAAUUCGCAAAAUAAAUGUGCUUACUCCUGUAUAUUUACGUUUCCUGAAACCAUAGUACGAUUCACAAGACGUAGACAACGGAAGGAUAAUAAUUAAUAAAAAUUUUAUU